AUGGUUCUCGCUGACGAGGUCGUUAAGAACGGCGCAGCGAACGGAGCGGCAAACGGAGCCGCAAAAGCUGCUGCCGCUGUGGAGGAGAAGAUCGGCGAAGGGUCGAAAGGUGUGGAGGAGCUUACUGUGGAGGAUCGGCCAUGGUUCGAGAAGGCUCGGGCUAGCAAUGUGCAGGUGUCCGUGACGCCAGGCGGGCGAUGGAAUCACUUCAAGACGUACUCCGUCAUUCAGCGCACCUUUGAGAUCUGGAGCUUCGUUAUUGUCUUCCUCGUUAAGGCGUGGCUGAUCAACCGGCCGUGGAUGUACCGCGGCGGAGUCACGGACGCGAAGAAGGGCGAGCGGCGGCGGGAGCUCGCGCGGUGGCUCAAGGAGGGGUUGCUGCGGCUGGGCCCCACGUUCAUCAAGAUCGGCCAGCAGUUCUCCACGCGCUCGGAUCUACUGGCGCAGGAAUACAUCGCGGAACUCUCAGAGCUUCAGGACCAAGUGCCUCCGUUCGAAUCCGACACAGCCCUAGCGAUCGUGGAGUCGGAGCUAGGAAAGCCCAUCUACGAGGUGUUUGAGCGGUUCGACCGCGACCCCAUCGCGGCUGCGAGCCUGGGGCAGGUGCACCGCGCGCGGCUGCAGGGCAGGGAGGUGGUGGUGAAGGUGCAGCGGCCGGGGCUCAAGGACCUGUUUGACAUCGACCUCAAGAACCUGCGCGUGCUCGCCGUGAAUCUGCAGAAGAUUGACCCGAAGUCGGACGGGGCCAAGCGCGACUGGGUGGCGAUUUACGACGAGUGCGCGUCGGUGCUUUACGAGGAAAUCGACUACAUGAAGGAAGGAAAGAACGCGGACCGGUUCCGCGAGAACUUCAAGGACAUGGACUAUGUGAAGGUGCCCACGAUAUACUGGCAGUACACGACGUCGCAGAUGCUGGUGAUGGAGUACACGCCUGGGAUUAAGAUCAACAGGAUCGACGCUCUGGAUAAGCUGCAGGUCGACAGGAAGAGGCUGGCUCGCUACUGUGUGGAGUCGUACCUGGAGCAGAUCCUCAGCCACGGAUUCUUCCAUGCCGACCCGCAUCCUGGCAACAUUGCAGUUGAUGAUGUCAAUGGCGGCCGGCUCAUCUUCUACGAUUUCGGCAUGAUGGGAACCAUCCCCUCUGACAUCCGGGAGGGGUUGGUAGAAGCAUUCUACGGCGUAUAUGAGAAGGACCCAGACAAGGUGUUGGACGCCAUGGUGCAGAUGGGCGUGCUCGUGCCCACUGGGGACCGUACCGCUGUGCGCCGCACGGCGCAGUUCUUCCUCAACUCGUUUGAGGAGCGUUUAGCGCAGCAGCAGGCGGAGGCCAAGGCCAGCGCGCCCAUGACCAAGGAAGAAGCCCUGGCUAAGAGGAAGAUGCGACUCUCUGCUAUCGGAGAGGACCUUUUGGCCAUCGCAGCAGACCAGCCCUUCCGAUUCCCAGCCACCUUCACCUUUGUGGUGCGCGCCUUCUCAGUGCUGGACGGCAUUGGCAAGGGGCUGGACGCCAAGUUUGACAUCUCCGAGAUUGCCAAGCCCUAUGCUCUGGAGCUCCUUCGCUUCCGGGAGGUGGGCACCGAGCUUUUCUUCAAGGACUUGAAGAAGCGGUGGGACCGCCAAACUCAGGCCUUCCGGAACCUUCUCAGGCAGCCCAGCCGCGUGGAGAAGCUUGCUGACGUCAUCUUGAGACUGGAGCAAGGUGACUUGAAGCUGAGAGUGCGGACACUGGAGAACGAGAGGGCGUUCAAGAGAGUGGCGACCAUGCAAAACACCAUCGGCAGUGCCAUAGCAGCAGCCACCUUGAUGAAUGUUGCUUCAGCCAUGCACAUUGCCGCCCGGAAAACGCCUGCUACUUUGCUCCUGGUGGCCAGUGCUGUUUUUGGCCUGCGUGUGCUGGUCGGCCUCAUGCAAGUGAAGAAGUUGGACGAGCAGGAGAAGCUUAUUAUGGGUUUGCGCGUGGAUCGGCAGGGGCCGGGCGAAGCGGACACGGAGAAUGCGAGGAGGCGUUGGGGGACGGAGCGGCGGGGCGGAGCGGCGGCGCAUCAUGGGGGCAGCGCGGCGGGCGAAAUUUUAAAUCGGCGCGCCGCUGUUCCGUCGGCGACAGUUGCGCGCGAGUCAGUCCGUGGUCGUAGCGGCGCCGACGGCAUAGUUGCGCGGGAGGCUGUCAGCGGAAGCGAUGCGGACGGAAUUGUUGCACGUGAGGCUGUCCGUGGUAGUAGCGGCGCGGACGACAUCGUCGCGCGUGAGGCUUUCCUCCGCGGAAACGGCGCGGACGGAAGUGUUGCGCGCGUCACCUUUCCCCGCGGGAGCAGUGCGGCGGAAGCAGGCAGCGAGGCGGAGGGGCUUGGCGGGGAGCGGCGGAAGGCGAAGAGGCAGAGGCAUCAUGCGUCGUCGGAAGGGGCUAUGUCGGAACAGCCCAUUUAUGACGCAGUGCGGUCGCGCCUGGAGCGCCUCUCCUGCAUGCUUCGCUCACACUCUGAGGCGCCGUGCCGCACUGCCGCCGACCAAUCGCAGAGCUCGAGAGACGCCGCCAGCCAAUCGCAGGGCACGAGGGAUCGGGCGGUCCAAUCGCAGAGCUUGAGAGACGCAACGAGCCAAUCACAGACGCAGUUGGGGGUUAACUCGAGAAGAGGGGGUGAUUUGGGCAGAGGGAGUAAAUCAGGCAGAGGGGAUGAUUUGGGCAGAGGGAGUAAAUCAGGCAGAGGGGAUGAUUCGGGCAGAGGGAGUAAAUCAGGCAGAGGGGAUGAUUCGGGCAGAGGGAGUAAAUCAGGCAGAGGGGAUGAUUCGGGCAGAGGGAGUAAAUCAGGCAGAGGGGAUGAUUCGGGCAGAGGGAGUAAAUCAGGCAGAGGGGAUGAUUCGGGCAGAGGGAGUAAAUCAGGCAGAGGGGAUGAUUCGGGCAGAGGGAGUAAAUCAGGCAGAGGGGAUGAUUCGGGCAGAGGGAGUAAAUCAGGCAGAGGGGAUGAUUCGGGCAGAGGGAGUAAAUCAGGCAGAGGGGAUGAUUCGGGCAGAGGGAGUAAAUCAGGCAGAGGGGAUGAUUCGGGCAGAGGGAGUAAAUCAGGCAGAGGGGAUGAUUCGGGCAGAGGGAGUAAAUCAGGCAGAGGGGAUGGUGAUGGUGAUGGUGAUGGUGAUGGUGAUGGUGAUGGUGAUGGUGAUGGUGAUGGUGAUGGUGAUGGUGGUGGUGGUGGUGGUGGUGGUGGUGGUGGUGGUGGUGGUGGUGGUGGUGGUGGUGGUGGUGGUGGUGGUGGUGGUGGUGGUGGUGGUGGUGGUGGUGGUGGUGGUGGUGGUGGUGGUGGUGGUGGUGGUGGUGGUGGUGGUGGUGGUGGUGGUGGUGGUGGUGGUGGUGGUGGUGGUGGUGGUGGUGGUGGUGGUGGUGGUGGUGGUGGUGGUGGUGGUGGUGGUGGUGGUGGUGGUGGUGGUGGUGGUGGUGGUGGUGGUGGUGGUGGUGGUGGUGGUGGUGGUGGUGGUGGUGGUGGUGGUGGUGGUGGUGGUGGUGGUGGUGGUGGUGAUUUAGGUGCUGUGGGUGAUGGUGUCGCUGCUGCUGCUCUAGUCGAUUGCAAUGCCCGUGCGGGUGGCGGGGGCGGAAAUGGCGGUGGUGGUGGUAUCAUAACUAAUAACGGGAAUAGUGGUCAUUUGGGCGUCACUAUAGCGGAGCAGCUACUAGCGAGGAUGGAGGAGGUGGCAAGGCUGAGUGAGGAGAACGUGCAAUACCGAGCUGUCUUUGAGCUCUCCAUGGACCCAAUCUUCAUCUUCCGAUGGAACGAGGAGACGAUUACAGACUGCAACGAGGCGGCUGUCACCAUACUGCGCUGCGCCUCCAAAGCAGACGUCAUGUGCCGCCCGUUCCACGUCAGCUUCUCGCCGCCCGUGCAGCCGGACGGCCGCCCGACGGUUGAGGCGGCCGGGGAGGUGAUGGCGAGGGUGCAGAGUGGAGAGGCGAUCAGCUUCGAGUGGAUGCACCGUGCCCUGGAUGGGUCACCCCUGCCUGUGCUUGUUCGAGUCAAGCACAUAGUGGCAGCGGGGAGGGACUGUGUGAUCGUGGUGUGGCACGACAUGAGGGAGGCGAAGCAGAGGGAGGAGGAGCUGAGGCAGGCUAAAGAAGCAGCAGAGGCGGCCAGCCGCGCCAAGACACAGUUCUUGGCGAACAUGAGCCACGAGCUGCGCACUCCCAUGAAUGGCGUAUUGGGGGUGGUGGAGCUACUACUAGCAUCGGGAGUGAGCAGCGAGCAGAGGGCGUUGCUGCAGGUCGUGCGGGCGUCAGGGGAGAGCCUCGUGCGGCAGCUUAGAAAACACACUCAACACACACCUUCGCCCCUUCCACCCUCCUUCCUUCCCCCAGGCGUGUUGGGGGUGGUGGAGCUGUUGUUAAGCUCAUCCUUGACUGGCGAGCAGAGGGCGCUGCUGCAGGUCGUGCGGGCAUCAGGGGAGAGCCUCCUAUUACUAAGCUCAGGUGUGAGCAGCGAGCAGAGGGCGCUGCUGCAGGUCGUGCGGGCGUCAGGGGAGAGCCUCGUGCGAAUCCUCUCAGACCUUCUCGAUAUCACGCGCAUCGAGUCCCACUCCCUCGCCCUCUCCCCCGCGUUAUUCGGCCUCCUCUCGGCCAUUGAGAGCACCCUUGCGCUCAUGAGAGUUGUUGCCGUCAAGAAAGGGCUGCAGCUGUCUGUGAGCGUCGAUCCAUCCACGCCUCUGGAGGUGGUGGGCGAUGCAAUGCGGUUCCGUCAGGUGCUGCUCAACCUGCUCUCUAAUGCCAUAAAGUUCACUGAUAGGGGCUCUGUGGCAGUGCAUGUGACCAGGCUACAGAAAGCACCCACUUCACGUGUCAACGGGGAGGCUGGUGGGACCACGAGUCGGGUCUGGGAUGGGCAACCUUGGGAAUCCGACCGUGAUCGUAAGGGCUGUGAUUGCAGGGCUGUUCAAGGCACGAGAGGGGAGAGUAGAGGGGAGGAGACUAGGCAGGGUAGGGGAGCAGGAGGAGAAAGAGAAGUGGGAGCAGCAGCAGCAGGAGGAGGAAGCAAUGGUGGUGGGCCUGAAAGGUCUCAGGGAAGGAAAAGGCAGAGAGAGGAAGAGGGGCGAGGUGAGGAGCCGGAUUGCAAUGGAGGGGUGUUGAAGAAAGGGCAGUGUGAUGUGGCCCAUAUGGCAAGAGCAGAGGUGGAGAGAGGUGGCGGGGUGGAGAAAAGGUGGUUGGAGAGGACUGAAAGGGAAGGGGGACUAUUGGACGGAGGGAUGAGGGUGGCGACGAGUGGAUGGCAGGAAGACUUGACACACGUGGAGUUGAGUCAGGAGGGGCAGCAGGGGCAGCAGGAGGGGCCGGAGAGGCAACAGGAGGAGGAGGAGCAGGGGAAACGGCAGGGGCAGCAGCAGGGGCAGCAGGAGGUGCAGCGGGAGGUGCAGCAGGGGCAGCAGGGACAGCAGGGGCAGCAGGGGCAGCAGGGGCAGCAGGGGCAGCAGGGGCAGCAGGGGCAGCAGGGGCAGCAGGAGGGGCAGCAAAGGGAGCAGCAGGGGAAGGAGAAGGAUCAGUCAGUGGUGUGGGUGCAGGUGAGGGUGCAGGACACGGGCAUAGGCAUGGCGCCACAUAUCAUGCCACACAUCUUCCACCCCUUCACUCAGGCCGACUCCUCCGCCUCCCGCCGCUUCGGAGGCACGGGGCUGGGUCUUGCCAUCUGUCACUCGCUCAUUGGCCUCAUGGGUGGGGAGAUCUCUGUGGACAGCCAGCCUGGGAUUGGGUCGGCGUUCACCGUCUGCAUCCCCUUUGGCAAAGCUCGAAUGGAUGAGACGGUGGUGGGUGGGAUGGAUAAGCCUUCCCAAAAUGCACCUACACGGGGGGCCAUCCAAGAACCUCAAACCACCUUCCCUGCUGCUACCUCCCUUGCUCCGUGUCCCCUUCCCAAUUCCUCACCUCCCACUUUCCCUGUGCCCUCCUCCCCAUGUGCUGCUGCACCUCAGACGGCCCCAGAGCCACCCGCUCUAAAAUUACCUGAACCAGAACCAUCUGCCACAGCAUUACUUGCCACAGCAUUACUUGCCACAUCAUUACCUGCCACAUCAUUACCUGCCACAUCAUUACCUGCCACAUCAUUACCUGCCACAUCAUUACCUGCCACAUCAUUACCUGCCACAUCAUUACCUGCCACAUCAUUACCUGCCCCAGCUCUACCUGCCCCUGAACCACCCGCUUCAGAACCACCUGCCCCAGCACCACCCGCCCCUAAAGCACCUGACUCAGAAGCACCUGAGUCAGAAGCACCACCUUCCCCAGAUGCAGAUACCAAUGCAUCAUUCCCCAUGCAGGCUGUGUCAGUACGCCCUCCCCCAGUCCUACCUGCCCGCGCCUCAGUUGAGCCUACACCCACUCCUCUGGACUCUCAUCAGCCUGAACCCCACCCUCUUCCCUCAUACCAGUCAUCUCCUGCCCUUCCUGCACCCCCCACUUACACUGCAGCACCUCCCACCAUCCCUGCACCCACAGUUCUACCCGCAUCUCCCGUUGCCACUACGCCUCCCGCUCUCGCUGCAUCGCCCGCUGUCCCUACGCCUCCUUCUGCCUUUCCUUCCUUGUCCUCUGCUCCUGAUAUGGCCUCCGUCUCACCGUUACUCUCUCCCUCCCUCGCACCUUCACUCCCUGCGUCACUGCCUCCCUGUUCUGAAGCUGCUCCCAGCACCAACCCCCCUUGUAGACCUCGUUUGAAGGCGAUUCAGAGCAGCCCUUUGCGCUCUGAUCUGGCUAAGCAUAUAAGACUUGAAGCAGCGGAGGAGGAUGUGGGUGCGCACGUGGGUGUGAACAGGAGAGGAGGGGAGACAGAUGAAGGGGCCCGGGUGGGGAAGAGAGUCUGUGUCAGGCGGCAGAGGGGUAAGCAGGGCAAUGGGCGAUGUCCAACUGAAGAACGAUCACUGGAUGAAGAAGCACAGGAGCAGGGAGAGCAGGGAGGGCAGGAAGGGCGGACAGAGCAGCAGGUCAAGGGGCAUGGUACAGAUGGUGAAGCAGACGAGACGAGAUCACCGUUUGAAGGAAUGAGGUGUCUGGUGGCGGAGGACAACAGAGUGAACCAGCUGGUGGUGACUCGGCCUGCAGAUGCAGGCAGGUCACACUGUGAAGCACCGGAACAACAGGGAGCGAAGCAGAGCAAGCAGCACGGCACAGACAAGGAGGGAGAAGGGAAGAAGUCGCCGUUUGAGGGGAUGAGGUGUCUGGUAGCGGAGGACAGCAGAGUGAACCAGCUGGUGGUGACGCGAUUCGCAGAUGCAGGCAGGUCACAAAAUGAAGGGCAGGAACAACAGGGAGCAAAGCAAGGCCAGGGGCAUGGCACAGACAAGGAGGGAGAAGUGAAGAAGUCGCCGUUUGAGGGGAUGAGGUGUCUGGUAGCAGAGGACAACCGGGUGAACCAGCUGGUGGUGACGCGCAUGCUGCACAGCCUGGGCGUGGCGUGUGACGUGGCUGUCAAUGGCCGGGAGGCCGUUGAUAAGUGCGCACAGAGGGACUAUGACCUCGUGCUCAUGCUUGUGGUGACGCGCAUGCCGCACAGCCUGGGCGUGGCGUGUGACGUGGCAGUCAAUAGCCGGGAGGCUGUCGCUAAGUGUGCUCAGAAGGACUACGACCUGGUGCUCAUGCUGGUGGUGACGCGCAUGCUGCACAGCCUGGGCGUGGCGUGUGAUGUGGCCGUCAAUGGCCGGGAGGCCGUUGAUAAGUGUGCUCAGAGAGACUACGACCUCGUGCUUAUGGUGGGCGGAGGCAUUCUCGCCGCCGCUACCCGCGCAUUCGCCGGGUUGCGCAACAGGCUGCUGGCGGAUCCCGCCUUCCUCUUCAAAGUGUUCACAGAGAUUGUAAUCGACUCGGGCUGUGCCACAUUUGCUGAAGUGCGGAAACGAGGAGACGACUUUUGGAAGGAGUUUGAUCUCUAUAUGUCAGAUAUCCUCGUGGGAUUCGCAGUAGACGCUGCUCUCGUCAGCAUGCUCGCGCCCAUGGCUAGGUUCGGCAGCAGCGCCGCAGCCUCGGCAGCCCGAGGCAGGCGAGGCUUGGUGCCGCCGGGCCUGGCUGCAGCUCUGGAGGCGCUUCCCAGCAGCAUGUUUGAGGCGGCGCUGCCGGGGAGGAGAUACAGUGCGGUGCAGAGGGGUGCGACGUGGUUGGUGAAGGGCGGGCAGUAUGCAGUGGUGGGGUUCAGCUGUGGGUUGAUUGGCCAGGCGAUGACAAUGGCCAUUGUGCAAAUCAAGAGGUGCGUGGCGGUUGGGUAA